CUUGUGAAAUUACCCUGCAAUGUGUCUCUCCGAGCUGGGGACCCAUGGGCGCCACCCUGAAAUACUGACCAAAGUGGGGACGGACUGAGGAGUCAAUCUAACACUAGAUUGCUCUGCUCUGACCCCCGGGAGUGGCUUCGCCUUGGUAACCAGCACCAUUGUUAUGCACAGCUUCCAGAAGUUGUUUCAGGCAGCCACUGAGACUGAGGGGUGUGAGACGGUAAUAUCAUGAACCUGCCUGUCAAACCCUUGCUGAAGUUCUUGGGGGAGGAAGACAUCUCUCUGAUGGGAUAUCUGUAGCCUUUGCUUUUUACCAGCACUGCCGGAUAAACCUUGUUCAGUUAAAAAGAAGCUGGUGGUAUAGCAGUCCUGUAGAAUUUACCAGUCUGGGCGCAGAAUUUAUUUCCCCUCUAUCAUGAUGAUUUUGGGGUUGAGGAAAAGAUUUUACUGAAACAGCUUAAUAUGCAUUCUGGGACCCAUCGGGGCACAGCCCCUUCUUAUGGUGCCCAGACGUCCCGGCUAUGGCACCAUGGGCAAACCUAUUAAACUGCUGGCCAACUGCUUCCAAGUUGAAAUCCCAAAGAUUGAUGUCUACCUCUAUGAGGUGGAUAUUAAACCAGAUAAGUGUCCUCGCAGGGUGAACAGGGAGGUGGUGGACUCCAUGGUGCAGCAUUUUAAAGUGACAAUAUUUGGGGACCGUAGACCAGUUUAUGAUGGGAAGAGAAGCCUUUAUACUGCCAAUCCACUCCCUGUAGCAACCACUGGGGUAGAUUUGGAUGUAACGUUACCAGGAGAAGGUGGAAAAGAUCGUCCCUUCAAGGUGUCAAUAAAGUUUGUUUCUCGGGUGAGCUGGCACUUGCUGCAUGAAGUUUUGACAGGAAGAACCUUGCCUGAGCCUCUGGAACUAGACAAACCAAUCAGCACUAACCCUGUUCAUGCUGUCGAUGUGGUGCUACGACACCUACCCUCCAUGAAGUAUACCCCUGUGGGCCGCUCCUUUUUCUCAGCUCCAGAGGGCUAUGAUCACCCUUUGGGAGGGGGCAGGGAAGUAUGGUUUGGAUUCCAUCAGUCUGUUCGGCCUGCCAUGUGGAAAAUGAUGCUUAAUAUUGAUGUUUCUGCCACUGCCUUCUACAAAGCACAACCUGUAAUUCAGUUCAUGUGUGAAGUUCUCGACAUUCAUAACAUUGAUGAACAACCGAGACCUCUGACUGAUUCUCAUCGGGUAAAAUUCACCAAAGAGAUAAAGGAAUGCAGCAUGUCUAACUGUACAGUGAGCAGCUGUCACUCUACUUCACCAACACAUCUCAGUCAUUGUAAUAGAAAUAGCCACUGUAAGAAAACACUGCAAGGUCUGAAGGUUGAAGUGACUCACUGUGGAACAAUGAGACGGAAAUACCGUGUUUGUAAUGUAACAAGGAGACCUGCCAGUCAUCAAACCUUCCCUUUACAGUUAGAAAAUGGCCAGACAGUUGAGAGAACAGUAGCACAGUACUUCAGAGAGAAGUAUAACCUCCAGCUGAAAUAUCCUCAUCUUCCUUGUCUACAAGUGGGACAGGAGCAGAAACAUACCUACCUGCCUCUAGAAGUAUGUAACAUUGUGGCAGGCCAGCGAUGUAUCAAGAAGCUAACAGACAAUCAGACAUCAACUAUGAUAAAGGCAACAGCAAGAUCUGCCCCAGAUAGACAAGAGGAAAUUAGCAGAUUGGUAAGAAGUGCAAAUUAUGAUGCAGAUCCAUUUGUUCAAGAGUUUCAAUUUAAAGUUCGGGAUGAGAUGGCCCAUGUGACGGGGCGCGUGCUUCCAGCUCCAAUGUUGCAGUAUGGAGGACGGAAUCGAACAGUGGCAACCCCAAGCCAUGGCGUAUGGGAUAUGCGAGGGAAACAGUUUCAUACUGGUGUUGAGAUCAAAAUGUGGGCCAUAGCUUGUUUUGCAACGCAGAGACAAUGCAGAGAAGAAAUACUGAAGGGUUUCACAGACCAGCUACGCAAGAUUUCUAAGGAUGCAGGGAUGCCAAUCCAAGGCCAGCCAUGUUUUUGCAAAUAUGCACAGGGUGCGGACAGUGUGGAGCCAAUGUUCCGACACCUUAAAAACACCUAUUCAGGACUCCAGCUCAUCAUUGUCAUCCUGCCAGGGAAAACACCUGUGUAUGCGGAGGUGAAACGUGUGGGAGAUACGCUGUUGGGGAUGGCCACGCAGUGCGUUCAAGUCAAGAAUGUCAUAAAAACAUCUCCUCAGACUCUCUCAAACCUGUGCCUAAAGAUUAAUGUUAAAUUAGGAGGAAUCAACAACAUUCUUGUACCUCAUCAACGACCUUCUGUGUUCCAACAACCAGUGAUCUUUUUGGGAGCAGAUGUCACUCAUCCACCUGCUGGGGAUGGAAAGAAGCCUUCCAUUGCUGCUGUUGUAGGUAGUAUGGAUGCUCAUCCAAGCAGGUAUUGUGCCACAGUGAGAGUUCAAAGGCCUCGGCAGGAGAUUAUCCAAGAUUUGGCCUCCAUGGUAAGAGAACUUCUCAUCCAGUUCUACAAGUCAACACGAUUCAAGCCCACACGUAUCAUCUUCUACAGGGAUGGGGUUUCUGAAGGACAAUUUCGACAGGUGUUGUAUUAUGAGCUGCUGGCAAUUAGAGAGGCCUGCAUCAGUCUGGAGAAAGAUUACCAGCCAGGAAUAACCUACAUCGUAGUACAGAAACGACACCACACACGAUUGUUCUGUGCGGACAGAACUGAAAGGGUUGGAAGAAGUGGCAACAUUCCAGCUGGAACAACUGUAGAUACAGAUAUUACACACCCAUACGAGUUUGAUUUUUACCUCUGUAGCCAUGCUGGAAUACAGGGUACCAGCCGUCCCUCACACUAUCAUGUUUUGUGGGAUGAUAACUGUUUUACUGCAGAUGAACUUCAGCUGCUGACUUACCAGCUCUGCCACACAUAUGUGCGUUGCACACGAUCUGUUUCUAUACCUGCACCAGCGUAUUAUGCUCACCUGGUAGCAUUCAGAGCACGAUACCAUCUUGUGGACAAAGAACAUGACAGUGCUGAAGGAAGCCAUGUUUCAGGACAAAGCAAUGGGAGAGACCCACAGGCCCUUGCUAAGGCUGUACAGAUUCACCAAGACACCUUACGCACCAUGUACUUCGCUUAAAUAAAUCAAUAAAAUCGGAGCAUACUCACUGAAAGGAAGAACUGAAAAAUUAAGCCACAUACAAUGUAUGUUUCCGGUAGGGUCAGUUUAUGGGGUGCGCCUCCGAUCACGCUGAAGCCGACACUGUGCAGGGGCAAGGGGCUAAUCCUUAAAUUGACACGUGAAGGAUUGUUUACUUCAUUGAGGAACACAGCACUAUUAUGCAAUAUGAAACCAGCCAACUGCUUUUUUGGGGCGGUCUUCUGUAGGAAGUGCCGUCGUCAUCAGUUACUUUUUCUUUAUUUCUUGUAGUCUAACCCUUUUAUGCCUUUACCUCAAGUUGCUCGGCAGCACAACUAUCUUUGCAAAAAAAAGUUAAUGGUGUAGUUUAAAAAAACACAAACAACCUAUGGAACAAUCACAAUGAUUGUUGAGGGGGGAAGUGUGCAAAAAAUAGCCUUUUUAUCUUUACCCCAACACAUUGAGGAGGCUUUCUCUCAAUAUUGCCAUCAGCAUUUGAAUGGGAACAUAUCCAAGUACAUUUCAAUGUACAGCACUAACUAGAAAAAAUUAGGGGAAGGGUUUUGCACACAUUAGUCCAUUAAUCUGAACAUAAUUUAGCCAACUGCUGCCUUUGUGUCUUUCUUCACGAUUUGGAGUCCUCAACUCCAAUAAUUCCCUUUAAAAAAUCUAGUGGUGUCUGUGCAGCAGUAGUGAUCCAAACUCUUCUUGCUCCCUGGUGAGUUUACUAAAGCUGCUGUUUUACCUUGUCCAGAAGUUUCAACUAAUUCUCUAUCUGGCAAGUCGUAAAUAUAGUUUGAGCUUCAUGCAAGAUCAGAUGUUCCUUGUUUUAUGGGGUUACUCAUAGUAAACACCAGAAACGAAACUGUAGAGUUGAGGUCUUUAUUUGCUAGGUUACUUGCUGCCUCUCACACCUUAAUGUGAUUUCAUAUAUAUGUGUGUUUUUGAAGUUUAGCUUCUUUCUUUUAUAUUUAUUAGAAUAAUAAUGCUUUAAUUUAAUUAUUACAGAACAUAUGGGCAACAUCAAUUUUUAUUUUUAGAAAUGUAACCAUGUUUAUUUUAA